UCAUAAAGGUCCGAUGUAAGGUCCGACAACGUCUUUGGUUUCAUCGCGCGUUUUUGUUGUAAAAUGAACAUUAUUUAUAGUAAUUGUAAAUGAAUUAGUGUAACGAAACAGUUUUUAUAGUUAAUUAGAUAAUUUAAGGCCUGCAUAACAUAAUAAUAGAGUCCAGUUAAGGUACAAGGUGUUUACCUUGUUUAUAGGUUAUGUCAGUGCUUGGUCCAUAUUUCAUAAUUAAAACGAAUUUAAAAUGACGGAAGGAGACUCAAGUGAAAAUGGAAGGGUAGUAGCAAUCCCUAGUCCAUUUGUGAAGAGGAAAGUAGAGUGCGCUGGAGCAGCAUUCCUUAGAUAUUACAACGUGAAGUGCCAUGGUGGCGAUGCAUUGUUCGAAACCCUCAAGUCCAGCGAAAAGGCCGAAGAAGUCGUUUUUGACGAUGAUGUGGAAUACCUCCGAAGCUUGGACCCCAAGGAUUGGAAGAUGCAGGAUCACUAUGCUGUUCUGGGUAUGAAAAAUUUGCGGUAUAAAGCCACCGACGACGAAAUAAAACGUGCAUACCGGCAGAAAGUGUUAAAGCACCACCCUGAUAAGCGCAAGGCGCAGGGCGAAGAGAUCCGUAGCGACGACGACUACUUCACAUGCAUCACAAAAGCUUACGAGAUCCUAGGAACCCCUGUCAAGCGUAGGUCAUAUGACUCAAUCGACCCCACUAUAGAUGACAAUGUCCCUACACAGAAUGAUAUCAAGAAAGAUGGGUUCUUCAAGUCAUUCACCAAACACUUUGAGUCUAAUGCUCGCUGGUCAGAGAAGAGGAAUGUGCCUUUGUUAGGUGAUGAGAACAGUACCCGGGAACAAGUUGAGCGGUUUUAUGCUUUCUGGUACGAGUUUGAGUCGUGGCGCGAGUUCUCUUACCUCGACGAGGAGGAGAAGGAGAAGGGUGCAGACCGAGAGGAAAGGCGCUGGAUAGAAAAACAGAACAAAGCUGCACGGGCCAAGCUGAAGAAGGAGGAGAUGGCUAGGAUACGGAAUUUAAUAGAUCUGGCUUAUGCAAACGAUCCCCGGAUCCAGAGGUUUAAACAAGAGGACAAAGAUAAGAAGUUAGCCGCUAAACGGGCUAGACAGGAUGCAGUACAGGCGAAAAAAGCUGAAGAGGAGCGGAUUGUAAAGGAAGCUCAACUUGCCAAGCAGAAAGCGGAGGAGGCAGAGCGAGCGCGCAUCGAGGCCGCGCGUGCCGAGCGCGAGCAGCUCAAGAAGAACCUGCGCAAGGAGAAGAAGGCGCUGCGGGAUGUGUGCAAGGCCAACAACUACUACUCCACCACUGAGGAGGAGGCCGUGGCCCACAUGGCCGCCGUCGAGAAGAUCUGCGAAAUGAUGAAAGUUGUAGAGCUGCAGGACUUCUUAAAAGAGCUGGAGAGUAAAGGUAGAGAAGCCUUCAUCAAUACUGUCAAGGAGACAGAAGACAAACUAGAAGCAGAGAGAAAAGCCAUAUUUGAGAACCGGAGAGUUGAAGAGCAAAAAGCUAGAAAGGAGUCUGCACUCAAGCAGCCUAUGGAAUGGUCGGUGGAAUUAACACAACUCCUAAUCAAGGCAGUCAACCUAUUUCCAGCGGGAACUAACCAGAGGUGGGAAGUAGUUGCUAACUUUUUAAAUCAACAUGGCACUUUUACAGAUGAGAGAAGGUUUGUUGCUAAAGAUGUUCUGAACAAAGCUAAAGACUUGCAAAGUGCAGAUUUCUCUAAAAGUAGUCUCAAAAAAGCUGCCAAUGAGGAAGCAUUUGAUCAGUUUGAAAAAGAGAAGAAGAAGGGUUAUAACCACAUUGACGACAGCGGAAUAUCGAAGAGCGACAAUCCUGAUAAACAAGCAAAGGUAGUCAACGGAGUAGUUCCACCAAAAGCAGAAGAGGUUCCAAAACUAGAUGACAAAGUAUGGACAAAAACUGAACAAGAACUAUUAGAACAAGCUAUCAAAACGUUCCCAGUUAGUACUCCAGAAAGGUGGGAGAAAAUAGCCGACUGCAUACCAAACCGUACCAAAAAAGACUGCAUGAAACGAUACAAGGAGUUAGUUGAAUUAGUAAAAGCAAAAAAGCAAGCUGCCAACCUUGCAAAAUAACAUUCACCCCUACUAGUUCUGUAUCAAAUUGUUUACCAUCCGCCACCAAGUAAAUGACCAAAGUAGAUAAAUAUGGGUAUUGUAAAAAUAUAUUUACAUUGGUAAAAUUAUUUGUUGGCUUGUGACAAAGACAUUUCAAGAGGUAUAGAAAUAUUGUAUAAUAUGCUUCAUGAAUUAGUAAUUAUGGAAUAAAUUACUGUUUUCUUUUUAAAGAAAUUGUAAAGCAUGUUUUGUUUACUUGGUACCCUGAUUAUGAUUGAACCAAUCAGCUUACAGUUAUUAAUUGUGUCUAACUGCUUGGUACGACCACAUAGAAUAACUCUAAAUUAUAAUUGAUGAUUAUGUACCUAGAUGGUUUGUGAUAUUCAAUUUAGAAGACAAAAUGUUUAAAUAUUAAAUGUUAAGCUUAGCUUGAAGAAGUCUAGUUACUAGCGUGGCGGUUAAAAGGUUUACUCUAAUUUAUUUCUCAGGCAAAGUAGUUUCUAGUUAAUCUAACUGAAAAAAUACAAUCAGAGUUCCAUAAGUAUCCUUUGAUAAAUUGCCAUAUGAAUAUAUAUUUUGUUGCAAUAGUUAAUUUUUAAUCACAAUUCUGUGAGCUGUUAUGACUCGCGUGCCCGUCUCGGUCGCUUGCACACAAAUGACACGGUCACUUAGUACUCUGCCUGCCCCGUAAUCAACAUACCUGUUGUGCAAAUACCACAAAGAUGGGAAACAUUUGUUAAUUCGUGACUAGAGUGAUUAUAUUUUACUUAUUUUAUCAACAGAAAUGUUAAGGACCGUUUAUAAAUAAGAAGUGUUAGUCUCAUCAGAUAAUAGGAUUUCAUUAAUUUAAUGAAGUAUUGAAUACAUGAUAUCAACCUCUAAUUAUAUCCAGUCGUGCCUACCGAGCGUGAAAUAUUCUUUAUACAAUAGACAACUAUUGCUCGAAGAUUGAAAGAUAAUGUGCUCAUUAACUAUCGGAUAGAGAUUAUUAUAAACAGACCGACAGUAAACUUAAUAGGAAUUUGUUUAAUAUAGCCUUGACAUGCAAUGUGAGAACUGAUGCGAUAUUCCGCAUAAAAGCUAGUAUUUAUUGAAAUAAAAUCUAUUUUCAUACCUUUGCAUACUAUUAGCAGAAGAAAUGUGUUAUUAUAUAGGUAUCUGUAUGUAGAUCCAGUCGAUUAUUUAUAGUAAAAUGUUCAUCAAUUCUUCAACCAUAAAGCACUUUCUCGCCAUAAGUUGCAAAAUACUGUGUCUCUGGCGGGCGGCGGUUCACCCAGGACAACGGACUGGCCGUUUCAUUAGCAGUCACUACAAACUCACCACUACAUAUUUUUAUAUUUAAUUUUAUUUGUUUAUUGUGAUGAAUAUAGUCAAUUUGAAAUUUU